AACCCCAGCGAGCCCAGCCCGCCGUUUGGAUAUUUCGCCCCUGCUUUCUGUUCUGCCUGCCUCCCAACAAUGGCUCUCCCCCUCGUUCGCCUCCUCCUCCCGUCGCUCCACGCGUGCCAGCCGCCGCUCCGCCACCCUGAGUACUCCGCCCCACCUCGCCACAGCCACGUUUCCUUCGCUGUCCCCGCUGCCGCCCGCUCCUCCGGCAACCGCUUGGCGUUUGCUGUCUGCGCUGCUAGCGCCUCGGUCGCCCCGGCGCCUGCGGAAACUCAGGCGGAUGCGGAGGAUGAGCAGCCCGUGGGGCCGAAGACGCGGCUUAUCGCGAUGAACAUCCCGUGGGAUUUCACGCCCGACGACAUUCGCGUUCUUUUCGAGAAGCAAGGCACCGUCGUCGACGUGGAGCUUUCGAUGCACAGUUCCAAAAAAAACAGAGGAUUGGCAUUUGUAACCAUGGGUUCAGAAGAUGAGGCUCUUUCAGCACUCAAGAAUCUCAAUUUGUCUACUUUGAACGAUAGAACGAUUAAGGUGGACUUUGCAAAACCUAAAAAGAAGCAACCUGCUGUGCCGUCAGCUCCUGUGGAGAAAAAUGUUGUGUUUGUCGGGAAUUUAACGUGGAGAGUGAGAUCCCGUCAUCUUCGGGAGUUAUUUGCCUCAACCCCAGGUGUCCAAUCAGUUGAAGUUAUCUUUCAUACCACCACACCAAGGCGAUCUGCUGGCUAUGCAUUUGUUUCCUUUUCCUCGAAAGAGGAGGCAGAGGCUGCUAUUUCUACCUUCAAUGGCAAGGAAUUGAUGGGACGAUCCAUUAACGUGAUGUUCAAAGAGGACACUGUCAAAAAGAACAAGUCUUCUGAUUCAGAGGAAGAGAAGUUGGAGGAGGCAGAAUCUUCUGAGGAGAGUGAUAGCUAAGAAUGGAUUAUUGUGAGAACCACAGAAAGAAGUUCAAUGAGUUGAUCUGCAGGACUAUAAUGCUCUUUUGCUAGAAUCGCCGGGGGUAGAGUUCUCCCACCUGAAUAUAUUGCUCAAAAGCUGCCGAAGUUUGGCUGAUCCAGUUUAUAAGGGAAACCGGAUCGGAGGGAGUAGUAGAUUUGAAACACCAUAGUUUCAACAGUGACGGACAAUAUAGCUUAUGAUAAUGGUUACCAAGCUCCUGGUUGAUUUCACUCAUCCCAUAACUCUUGAAUUGUCAAACACUGUUCUGUAAGUUCUCCUCUUGAUAUGGAUCACAUUUGGAGGUUAGCUUGAUACUAGAGUACAUGAAAUCUGUGAGCUGUUAAAAUCUGAGUUAAUUUAUUGUAGAAUAUAAGUGUUAAUGAUGAAUUUGAGUGCAAUCGGCUGACGAAUUUGACUA